CUGUUCAUGUGGGGGCGCCUCCCAAUCUGGAUCACAAGAUGACAACAUAGUCCAUUCAACCACACUACAGUUAAAUUUGCAUAUGUAAAAUUGUUCCCACAAUCUCAGUUUUGCAUCAAUUUAAUCAACGUUUGUCAACUUGAUGGGGAAACUGUUCCUCAUCUGAAAGUGAACCAAAAUAUAUAAAAACUUUGGUGUCGGUGAGCGACCGGGAUGAUUCCUUUUCGUGUUGAGGUGGUAAACAUGACUUAUUCAAAGCUAAUCAGGUCCUGCACGGAAACGCGGGUUGAAUGUUUUUGGCGUAGGAGACACUGUAUACUUUUGCGUGGUCUUUACAUGACAUGAAAGAUUAUUCCUAUUUCAUUGUCUCUGUGUGCUUAUAAAUCUUAUUUCAUAAUACCGGGGUAGUUGUGAGUGUGAUUGGUAAUGGUGAUCCGAGGAAGAUUUAUUGGUGGGGGAAAUUGAUCCGAGGUGGAUUUAAUCAAGUGGGGUAGUUGUUGGAGGCACUGUAAAAAGACUAACAAUAGGAUCUCUAUUGUGGGCCUUUGGCCCUUUUUGCUGGGUUAUUUCAUUGGUUUGAUCCUCGUCCAGUCCACGUUUUCUUCCUCUAGCUUGACUUUUUAUGAUAUAAGAUAAGCAGGUUGUUAAACAAGCAAAUAAUGUAGAUGCCUUUGUGGUUUCUUGAUGGGGUUCUACAUUCCAGAGAGAUUUUUAUUUGGAAGGUCAAUGAAUUGUUUGGGUUAGGCACAUUCAUUUAGGAGGAUUUUGGUUUUUUCAACUGAAAAUCAAUUUCAGCAAUAAGGAAUAACUGCUGUUUGAGAUGCUCAAUUGAUUAGGGGCAAAAGGGGCACAUGGCUCAAAUACCAAUCUAUGCUUAUUAAGAUGUCUGAGUUCAAUGGAUGGCUGCAGAGAAAUUCCUUAUAAACGGGUACCCAGCAGUAAUUACUGGCAGGCAAUCACGAUCACUCCAGAAUUACAUCUAGUUUCAAGCUUGGUUGCAGAAAAACUCUUCAACAAAUACAAGAGAUAUUAGUCCUCAGGGUUCAGCGAUCUUGAUAACCUGGGGCUCAGCUGGUCAGAAAUUCGCCAGGAAGGGAAACUCGGUAGUAGUAGUUUGCUUGAUAUCUUGAUGACCCAGGGAUUACUCUGAGUUUAAAGCUUGACUGCAGAGAAAUUUUGCAGCAGUGGAUAGGCGCCGGUUUCAGACGGUAAGCAAUUCCAAUGACCUGUUCAUUACACCUUAUAUGAAUCACUUUUACCCUGCAAAUGAUACAAGUCCAAUAGUCUCAACUUUGCAUAACUUGUAAGAGGGUUUGCCCUUAUUCAAUUGGAUAUGUAAUUAAAAGCAGGAUUUGUUCAUAGCUCAGCAGCAAAGAAAUUCUUCAGCGGGUGAUCAACACUAUUCGAGGACAGUAGUCAACUGGGAUGACCUAUGUGUUACACCUUAUUGCAAAAAGAUUUGCCCCAGCUCUGCAAACGAUAGAAGUCUAGUAGCCUCUUCUUUGCAUACCUUGCAAGAGGGUCUUCCCUAUCAAUUUAGGUGUGGGAUCGGGAAUAAUAUAUCAAUCUGAACAUUCUCUGUAAAAUUAGGAAUCAACUCAGCUCUGCAAAUCGUGAAAGUCCCAACUUUCCAUGCCCUGACCUAAUAUAUGUCCUGUCCAACUGGGUUUGUAUUAAAAAUAAGAGUUGUAUCAAAAGUUGUCUCUGUAAAUAUAAGAAUCACACCCAUCUCUGAAAAUUGAAAAUGUCCAGUAAUCUCGCAUUUACAUGCCCAAAAAGAGGGUUUGUCCUAUCCAAUUAUGUGUGAAUAAAAAAUAGGAUUUGAAUCUUUGAACCAGAACAUCCUCUCUGAAAUCUUUGUGAUUAUUUAGUUUCUCAAAGAAAAGGGUACAAGUAUCAUUUUAUUUCUAGGGGACAUGGAUAGGCUAGUAGCAGUUGACCCAGUGGAGAUUACGAUUGAUUUUAAGAGAGGCCAAAAGGCCCAGAAUACCUUCCGGGUGCGAAAUCUGAUGCACACAAUGUCAGUAGCAUUUAAGAUUUCGACAACAGAACCAAAGAAAUAUGCGGUGAGACCUGGCCUGGCCAUUAUAUCUCCACUGUGUGAGAUUUUAGUUGAAGUGACAACGGCAGCACAGGCAGAAUUGCCUUCAUCAAUCCCUGUAAGUGAAGACAAGUUCGUUGUGAAGAGCUUAAUGCUGCCUACAGGGAAAGCUACUGAUUCUGAGUUGAAUGAAUUAUUUUCAAAGAAUAAUCACAUCUUUACUGAUGCAACUUUAAAGGUUGUAUACACGGGGAACCUGAUCCUAAGAAGUUUGGUUGAAAGUGGCUCCUCAAAUGAUGUUAAAGAGGUACUUUUACGAUGCAAGGAUGUGAACAGCAAAUAUGAACAUGAUCUUACUCCUCUUCACAUUGCAGCCAUCAGGGGAAACAGUGAAAUUGUGCAAGAUCUUCUUGAUUCUGGAGCAAUAGUGGAUGCAAAGAAUUCGACCCAAAAAUCACCAUUGUUAGAAGCAGCAUUUCAUGGACAUGUUGAGACAGUCAAAACUCUUCUUUCAUCUGGAGCAAACACAGAGAUUGCAGAUGCCAGAGGUCACACAGCCUUACAUGUUGCAGCUUCUGGCAAUUAUGUACAGAUUUUAAAUUUCAUACUAUUUUCAGGAGCUAAUAUCAAUGCGCAGGAUAUUGAGGGCAAAACUCCAUUAUAUUUAUCUGUUAUUGAUAGGCAUCUUGAGUCAGUCCAGCUCUUGGUUGGUGCAGGUGCCAAUGUAGAUGCUAAAGAUAAAGAUGGAUGGACUGUAAUACACUGUGCUGCAGCUUGCGGCUACCUAGAUAUUAUCAAAGUUCUUCUUGUAAGUGGCAAUAAAUAUGCCAGAACUAAUGAUGGGAAAACUGCUCUUGGACUAGCCCUUGACAAAGGGCAUAAGCAUCUAUUGGAUGCCCUGCAUUUGGGUGAUAUGCUGCAAAAGACAUCAAGGGAGGGUGAUGUAAUUACAUUGAAAAGCUGCCUUGCACAAGGAGCCAUGGUAAAUGGAAAAGAUCAACAUGGAUGGUCUGCUCUGCACAGGGCUGCAUUCAAGGGCCAUCUUGACACUGUGAAGUUUUUGCACCAAGAGGGAGCUGAAAUCAAUAGUUUGGAUGAUAAUGGAUUUACACCUUUGCAUUGUGCAUCAGAGACUGGACGCAAAGAUGUUGUGGAGUAUUUGAUAAAACAUGGUGCUGAUGUAAAUGCAACGAGCAUUAAAGGUGAAACUCCUUUACAGUUAGCCUCUUCCAUGGGGUAUUCAGGAUAUUCUCCAAAGAAAGUGACAGACCCAAGGGAUGCAACGCUAAAACUAUGGAAACAUAGGACAAACUUGACACCAACAAAGCCAAUCUCCAGAGUCAAAGGGUCCAACAAUCUUGGCCAAAUAAUCAGAAAGUUGAUUCUUCACAAUGCAAAGUUCUUGCUAGAGUUCCGGCAUUGGAGAAGGAUCACAAAGAGAUCACUGUUGUAUUCAAGGAGCUAACAUCUCAAUAUUUUUUGAAGAUGUCCCAGCUGAAGUAUGAGCACCGAAUAAGGAACCUGCAAAUGGCACAAUACAUGCAUGUGUAAUAAUCCUUCCAUAAAACAUUGCAAUUAAAUAAAUUGCUUGUGAUUCUAUCUUAGCUUCCAGAAAUCACAAUUAUUAUAAGAUCUUUUAUGUUGGGUUCAGUUGGCUUUGGCCAAAUUUCCCUUUUAAAUUGUUCUUCUUGACCCUUGUACACAAUGGGCAUUUGAUUAACCUUCAA